AUGACUAGACAAAUGAUAGCAGUUUGUGUGCUAUUCUGUGCUUUGAGAAUAACAGGUGUAGCCCUAUACAGACUGAAUUUUUCUUCAGAAGUCGAGACCGAUUACGACCAAGCUGUGUUCGACCUGCGCGACAAAGUCAAUUCGAUUUUGUCAUCGCUGACAAAUGGAAAGUUGCCGGAGAACAACCUUCUAAUCCAUUACGAAGAGCUGCAUCAAAACUUCGAAGAGGAAGUCCAGAGGCUUGCCUCAUUCGUUGGCCGAGAAGCAUUGGCCAGACAUGAAAUUGAAAAACUGAAGUUGCUCACAUCAGUGGAAGCCAUGUUUGAUAGAUUAGAAAAUGAGAGAAAUUUUAAAGGCCUAGGAGUGAUCUGUCGCGUGCGUCCCCUGAACAAGAACGAAUUGAGUAAGGGGGAGAAGGAGGCGGUGAAUGUGAAUGGAAACCAGGUCAGCAUGGCUGCCAAGGCCGACAAGAAGUACAACUUCGACGCGGUCAUCGGACCAAACGCCACUCAAGCACAGGUGUACGAUGUCUCGGCUAGACAUGUGCUGGAUGAUGUGCUGGCAGGUUACAAUGGUACUAUCUUCGCAUACGGGCAGACUGCUUCUGGGAAGACUUUUACUAUGGAGGGAGCACUGAAGGACAAGGAGGGCCAGGGAAUCAUCCCCCGUCUCGUUCUGGAGGUGUUCGCCUAUAUUGAGAAGACUCCAGGCUGGGACUUCACAAUCCAGAUAUCCUACUUCGAGAUCUACAACGAGAAAAUCAGAGAUCUACUCAACCCGAAGACAGGCGAGAAUCUGCCCAUUGCUGAGGAUAAAAAGAAGAGGCCAUAUGUUAAGAAUUUGACAGACGAGAGUGUGUCUAAGCCGAAUGAGGUCAUGAACUUCAUAGAGAGAGGGAAGAAGAAUAGGAGUAUCGGACAGACCAACAUGAACGAACACUCCUCCAGGUCUCACUCCGUAUUCCUCAUGAACAUCGGUCAAGAAAACAAAGAUAGUGGAGAAAAAAGAUCUGGUCAGCUAUAUCUGGUCGACCUCGCAGGCAGCGAGAAGGUGGGCAAAACAGGUGCGACUGGUCAGACGUUGGAUGAGGCGAAGAACAUCAACAAGUCCCUCUCCUGUCUGGGAAAUGUGAUCAGUGCUCUGACUGAGAAGGGAAAGAGCCACGUGCCCUAUCGAGACAGCAAACUCACCAGGAUUCUACAACAAUCUCUGGGCGGUAACUCUAAGACGACCAUGAUCAUCUGCUGUUCACCGGCUAAGAUGAACGAGGGCGAGACACAGUCUACUCUGUUGUUCGGGACUAGAGUGAAGACCAUCAAGAACAAUGUGACUGCGAAUGUGGAGAAGAGUCCAGAUGAGUGGAAGCGAUUGUAUAACAGCCAGAUGGCUAAGGUGGGGACUAUCAAGGAACUGGCGCUGAAGUUGUGUACGGAGACCAAGUCUUGGAGGAAAGGCAAGGAUCCCAAAAAAGAAAAGAUCAAAAUAGAGGAUCUGGAGAAGUUGUUGAAUGACUUGGACUGUGCCACAGAUGGGGAGCCGGGGGAGGUGGGGACUGAGAAGGCGGUGGAGGCGGCCAAAGACAAGGAGCGCCUCAAGAGCAAACUCAGCAAGACUUCCCUAGCUGUAGAGGCCGGCAAAAAGGGCAAAAAGUCAAAGAUGGGUAAGGGUUCCCAGAUGGCGACUGUGGCUGAGGAUGGAUCCCAGCCAGCGGAGCAGAGUGAGAAGCUGAAGGAGACAGCGGAGAAGAACGACAUUCCAGAAGAUGUUCUUGCAGUCCUACAGGCUGAGAUCCAGCUGAAGACGGCUGAGUUGGAGGAGGAGCGGGAGAAGCUGAAGAAGCAGAUAGACGAGAAGGACGACGAGAUACACACACUCUCCCAGAAGAUACGCACCAUACAGGGAGAGCGCGGUGAGCACGCAGAGGGGUUGAAAGGAGUGACCCGUGACCACAGGAGUGCGAUGGCCAGAAUCACAGAACUGGAGGGGCUGAUCCAGCAGCACCAGGCCAGGAAUGAGAAGCUGAAGCAGCAGUUGAAGGAGGCCCUGGAGGAGGCAGACAGGGCGAGGACUGAGUUGAACAACAGACAGGAGGAGUUGAGGGGCAACCAGGCCAAGAUGAACCAGUUAGAGACGCAAGCUGUGCGAGUUUGUGAAGCGCUAGAAGAAGCAAAAGAGCAACUAGCUCAAGCAGACGAGAAAAAUGGAGGCAAACUAGUCAUCAUAUGCGAGGAACUCUCUGCAAUCGGUAAAACAAUGGUGGGCGAAGAGAACGAACAUCACUUCGAGUACCGGCAGCCUGACCCGAAGAGACCCAAGGAGUGCUAUGCUUGUAUUCGGUCUCUAUUGGCUAAGAACAAGCAUUUUGCGGCUCUAGUGGCGAGAAAAUUAAAUGAGCUGAAACGAGAACUAGACGACAAGAAAGGUCAGAGUGAAUUAGAGGGCAACCAGGUGACUGAACUGAAGAUGAUGAUGCAGCAGGCGAAGGAAAAGUUGGAGGAGUUGGAUGCGAGGAACAAGGAGUUGGAACAGCAGAACCAGGAGAUGCAGGACAAGAUAGCCAAGAGAGAUGCCAUGAUCACGCAGUUGGGGGGAGGUGAGAACAUGGAUGACGAAGACCUGGACCCCGACCUGUUGAUGAUCAGAGAUGAGCAUCGUAAUCAGUUGAAGAAGGUGAAUGCGGCAGAGCAGGAGGCGAGGGAGAAGGCGGAGGAGGCGAGUAGGGAGAGGGACGAACUGCAGGUGGAGAACGAGAAGCUCAAGGCAGAGCUAGAGAGGCUGAAGAGAGAACAUGCAAAGGAGAAGGAGGAUAUGCAGAAUGAGGCGGACUUCAUAGCACAGCAUGGGGGAGGGGCUCUGGGGGCAGACAUGAUCAACAAUGACCUCCUGCAGGAGAUGGAGAGACUGAACCAGAUCAAAAAGGAGAUGACAUCAAAGUUUAAGAGUGAAAUCCAACGAAUGCGGGAAAACCCAAAGCAAGCUGAAGUUACAAUGGUCGACAAUCCCGAAGACCUUCGUGAUGAGGAUCUUCCGCCAGGCGAAAGUGGCGCCAAACCGAGUGGCAGCGGAGCCGAGGGUGCCGAGGGUGCCGAAGGAGCUGAAGGGGCCGAGGGUGACGAAGGUGGCGACGGCGAAGACCCGGAUGCACCCAAGUUGAGCGGAAGUGCUGCUAUGUCCGGAUCCGCAGCCAAACCCAGUGCUGCGGCGGGCGGGGGUUCAAUGGACCCGGCGGCUAUCCAACCUCCAGAUGACGACGGAGCUGGUGAUUUAUACCCACCCGGGUCGGCUGCCCAGAAGCAGAUCCAGUUUUUGGAGCAGAGUUUGGACGAGGUGACUAAGCAGCAGAGGGAGUUGGCAAGAGAGAACAGGCAGCUGAAGAAGAAGAUGGUGGAACUGGAAGGAGCUGUGGGCAACAUGGAAGUGAGACACAGUUACAUGUCCAGUGCCCUGAGACAGGACCAGGAGCAGGCCAUCAAGGAGAGGGACGAUCUCAGGGACGAAGUGGACAACUACAGGGCACAGAGCAUGGUUCGCAAGAGUAGCAUCAAGAAAAGUCUGAACGCGGAGUCUCUAAAGAGAAGCAAAGGCAGUUCGAUGGGGUCUGGAUCCGCAGACGAGGAAGAUGAAGACAAAGACAAAGAUGAGGAAGACGAUAAUAUGGUGUAG